AUGAUAUUUCCAUUACUUUUGUCGUUUCUUCUAACUCACCAAGGAAUUCAAGCCUACAAAGAUUCUGUGGAAUUAACAAAGGAUGUAAGAAGAUUGAUAAUUGGCGCAACAAUUGAAAUAAAAGGACAAGGAUAUAAAUCAAAAUUACUUGACCUAUACGAUAAGGUAAAUGGUUCUUUAGUUCACGCAAGUGCUUUCAACACCAAACAUUCGAUGAAUGCCACACAGCUUGGCUUUUAUUUCUUUGUGGAACGCAAAUUUGAUGACGUCAUAGAUAUUGAUGAUAACUUGAUGUUUACAAAUCAUUUGCUCAACGAAACCAUGUAUGUACAUUCAGUUUUCACACUAAAACUCAGAUGCAUUAUGAAUUACACGAUAAAUUAUAAAUAUAUUGUGAAAUCGCAUUAUCUUCCAACUAAUAAAGAAUACGAAAUUGUACGGAUGUUUAUUGAAAGACCUGAUGAUGUCAUCAAUUCUACUUGGAAAACUCCGGAAGGCGAUGAAGAUUUGAACCCGAUUCCUAAAGCUCAAAAUUUUUCCGAAGAGUUUUGUGAGAAUUUGAACUUUUCUGAUUUUUUGGGAGAGGAGGAGGAAUUGGCAGACGGUUCGAAGUUUGUUGGUCUUCUAGAAACAAAUCCCGGAUAUAAUUAUACAUUGGGAGAAUUUAAGGAGUGAGUUUGGCGUGAACAAUGAAAUUUCAGAGGGCGGGGAGUUCUAGAAAUCGUGUUUUUUAUUGGGAAAUCCAAGAAUCCACGUGUAGAACUGUUAUUCAGCAAUUCUUCAAUAUUUUUCAGCUUUCUCAAAAUAUUCUUCCACAAAUACCAGAAAACCGGAAAAUCUUCUCUAAAAAUCCUCACCAACGACAAAAGUCACGUCGUUUUUCGAUGCGAAGUACCGUUAAUCUACAGAACAGAAAAAGAUUCCGAGUUCUGGACUAUCGAUUUGGAAGCGAUUUAUCACAACUCGCAAUGGAAUUUCGCCAAAAUUUUUUUCAAUCACAAUUUCAUGUCAAAUUUUCCGAUUUAUGAUAGAGAUGCCAAAAAUACCGCACAACUUUUGAGAGCUGAAAUCAUUUCUCAAUUAUCUGGAAAGGUUCGCAGAUCUGGAUUUGAUCAUGAAAGUAUCGAUGAAGUUGGAUUUGAGAUCGAAGUUUUCGAAAAUAACAGCACCUAUAUCAAUGUUUGCCCUUUUCUUUUGGCACAUCCACAUCCGAAAAAUCAAUAUUUAAAAAUUAAAUUACCGAAAACUGAGGGAAAAAUGCACUUUUACACUGAAAUAACUUCCCACGCUUUGAUUGUGAAUUUGUAUUUUCCAGAUGAUUUGGGGAUGAAAAUUCGAAUGAAAUUUGGAAUUGGAAGUGUGAGUUGGUGAAAGCUCUGUUUCCAAUAUCAUUUACGUUAAGGCUAAUGAUUUGGAACAAAAUGACUUUGUUAAAUGGGUGACAAUUAUUUGCCCGGAAACUAGCGGACCACCCGAGGGAGACUUUGAGAUAAUUGAAAGAAAAGAAGAUGAAGACGAUAAUGAAAAUGAGGAGGAGGAGGAGUAUUUACAGGUUCAAAGUUAUGAAGUAGAAGACGACAAAAAUAUGGAUGAAGAUCCGUUAACUUAA